GCUCCAUCUGUUGAACCCGCUAGGCUGCACCUCCUCUCUUCAAUUAACCUUCUUUUUUCUUUUUCUUUUUUUCAUUUUCAAGACUCACUUGCUCUGGUGGCACUAGCAGUUCUUCCCCUCUCCAUCCUCUACCUAUGAAGAAGGCCAAGUCUCAAGUAGUGGCGUGCUUUCCUCUCAACCUUAACGAGAACGAUCUUCACCGCCACCAUACCCAAGUCACAAACGACGUAGUAUUUGACCCUUUAGCAACCAUGGUUAUCGACGAUGACGUCAGGCCCGACGAAUCCCGUGCUCCCGCUGCGGCCAAUUUGUCCCACAAGAAGGCUACGGCUGCCCCACCUCAGCCUGCGAAAAAGCUCAUGAUCAAGCUUCUUAAAGGUGUGCUUCUUUGCUGGAUCUCAUUUUGGAUUCAUCUUUGGUGCUAAAUGUUGCGCAAUUAGAUGAUUUUAGGUUUUUGGAUCAUGUUGAUAAUUCCUUGAGUUUGAUCUCAAUAAUUGAGGGCUUUUGGUGGUAUUAGGUAUUGGGUUUUGAACUUUUGAUGUUGAAGCUCAUGGGAAAUUUUUAAGGUAAAUGGAGUUUUUGGUUUAGUGUGAGUAGUUUUUAAUUAUUUAGAUUUUGUAUGACUUGGGGUUUGCUUGAAAAUGGGGAAAGUUCAUGACCUGCAUAUCAAACAAUUAAUUAAGUUCUAAUUGUUGC